CCUUCCCUCACGUUUGUCCCUGCGCGGGCCGCGGUUGGUAUCCGGUCUUUCCAGCCCCGAGACGGACCUGGUUCCUCUACCCAGGCUUCUGUCGCUCUGUCACCUACGGUAUGCCCUGCUGUAGUCACAGGAGGUGUAGAGAGGACCCCGGGACAUCUGAAAGCCAGGAAAUGAUGUUUCAGGACUCAGUGGCUUUUAAGGAUGUGGCUGUGAACUUCACCCAGGAGGAGUGGGCUUUGCUGGAUAUUUCCCAGAGGAAACUCUACAGGGAAGUGAUGCUGGAAACUUUCGGGAACCUGGCCUCUAUAGGAAAAAGUUGGAAAGACCAGAACAUUGAAUAUGAGUACCAAAACCCCAGGAGAAACUUCAGGCGUCUCAUAGAAAAGAAAGUCAAUGAAAUUAAAGAAGACAGUCAUUGUGGAGAAACUUUUACCCCAGUUCCAGAUGAUAGGCUGAACUUCCAGGAGAAGAAAGCUUCUCCUGAAGUAAAAUCAUGUGAAAGCUUUGUGUAUGGAGAAGUUGGCCUAGGUAACUCAUCUUUUAAUAUGAAAAUCAGAGGUGACACUGGACACAAGGCAUAUGAAUAUCAGGAAUAUGGACCAAAGCCAUGUAAGUGUCAACAACCUAAAAAAGCCUUCAGAUAUUGCCCCUCCUUUAGAACACAACAAAGGGAUCACACUGGAGAGAAACCCAAUGCUUGUAAAGAAUGUGGAAAAACCUUUAUUUCCCAUUCAAGCAUUCAAAGACACAUGGUAAUGCACAGUGGGGAUGGACCUUAUAAAUGCAAGUUUUGUGGGAAAGCUUUCCAUUGUUUCAGUUUAUAUCUUAUUCAUGAAAGAACUCAUACUGGAGAGAAACCAUAUGAAUGUAAACAAUGUGGUAAAUCCUUUAGUUAUUCUGCUACCCUUCGAAUACAUGAAAGAACUCACACUGGAGAAAAGCCUUAUGAGUGUCAGGAAUAUGGGAAAGCAUUUCAUAGUCCCAGAUGCUAUCGUAGACAUGAAAGGAUUCACAUGGGAGAGAAGGCUUAUCAAUGUAAGGAAUGUGGAAAAGCAUUCACAUGUCCCCAGUAUGUUCAUAUACAUGAAAGGACCCACUCUGGGAAAAAACCCUAUGAAUGUACGCAGUGUGGGAAAGCAUUAUCCUGUCUUACAAGUUUUCAAACACACAUAAGAAUGCACUCUGGAGAAAGACCUUAUGAAUGUAAGAUAUGUGGAAAAGGCUUUUGUUCUGCCAAUUCAUUUCAAAGACAUGAAAAAACUCACAGUGGAGAGAAACCCUAUAAAUGCAAGCAAUGUGGUAAAGCCUUCAUUCAUUCCACUUCCCUUCGAUAUCAUGAAAGGACUCACACUGGAGAGAAACCCUAUGAGUGUAAGCAAUGUGGGAAAGCCUUCAGAUCUUCCUCGCACCUUCAAUUGCAUGGUAGGACUCACACUGGAGAGAAACCCUAUGAAUGUAAGGAAUGUGGGAAAGCCUUCAGAUCUAUGAAGAACCUUCAAAGUCAUGAAAGGACACAAACACACAUAAGAAUACACUCUGGAGAAAGACCUUAUAAAUGUAAGCUGUGUGGGAAAGGCUUUUAUUGUCCCAAAUCAUUGCAAAGACAUGAAAAAACUCACACUGGAGAGAAACUCUAUGAAUGCAAGCAAUGUGGUGAAGCCUUCAGUAGUUCCAGUUCCUUUCGAUAUCAUGAAAGGACUCACACUGGAGAGAAACCCUAUAAAUGCAAGCAAUGUGGGAAAGCCUUCAGAGCUGCCUCAAUCCUUCGAAUGCAUGAAAGGACUCAGACUGGAGAGAAACCCUAUGAGUGUAAACAAUGCGGAGAAGCCUUCAGAUCUACCUCACACCUUCGAAAACGUGGUAGGACUCACACUGGAGAGAAACCCUAUGAGUGUAAGCAAUGUGGAAAAGCCUUCAGAUCUACCUCACACCUUCGAAAGCAUGGUAGGACUCACACUGGAGAGAAACCCUAUGAAUGUAAGAAAUGUGGAAAAGCGUUCCAUAAUUUCUCUUCUUUGCAAAUACAUGAAAGGAUGCACAGAGGAGAGAAGCCCUGUGAAUGUAAGCAUUGUGGGAAAGCAUUUAUAUCUGCCAAGAUCCUUUGAAUACAUGCAAGAACACACAAUGGAGGGAAACCCUAUGAAUGUAAAGAAUGCAGAAAAGCAUUCAGCUUGCCUACUUCCUUUCAUAGACAUGAAAAGACUCACACUGGAAGGAAACCCUAUGAAGGCAAACAAUGUGGCAAAGCUUUCACUUCUUCCAGUUCUUUUCAAUAUCAUGAAAGAACACACACUAGGGAGAAACCCUAUCAAUGUAAGCAAUGUGUGAAAGCCUUUAUUUCUUCCACUUCUUUUCAAUAUCAUGAAAGGACUCACAUGGGAGAGAAACUCUAUGAGUGUAUGCCAUGUGGGAAAGCCUUCAUUUAUUCUAGUUGCCUUUGAUAUCAUGAAAGGACUCACACUGGAGAGAAGCCCUAUGAAUGUAAGCAAUGUGGGAAAGCCUUCAGAUCAGCCUCACACCUUCAAAUAUAUGGAAGGACUCACACUGGAGAGAAACCCUAUGACUGUAAGUAGUGUGGGAAAGCAUUCAGACCUGACAAGAUUCUUUGAAUACAGAUAAUGAAUGUAAACAA